CAUCCGUGUACAUUUUGUAAUUGCAUUUCGAACUUGUAGUCGUGUUACAAGUAGUUCUGUGCAGACAUAUCUUGGAAUAUUGAUGUUUACGAGUAGGUAUUAAUUUAUUUGGAGUGACCAAAAAUUUGAACUGUUACAUUUGAUUCCUUUUCAGAUUUCUGUUGGAAAUGGAUAUUUCAAAAAUGGGGUGUUUUGUAAGAUGUCUGCGCUUAGUCUGUCUGGAUGCGGGGGAAUGGUGAUAGUUGGACCUUUCUCCAAGGAAGGAAACGUGUCAGAUGAUAUAAAGAAUGCAGCCUUUGAGAAAUUUUCUGAUCAAAACAGAGUGUUCAGACAAAAAUACAAAUCAAAUGAGCUAUUCCACUUAUUAUAUCCGGAUGGUUCUAUAGUAAACAAAAUUCCUGGAUCCGACGAACCCUUCUCAAUUAAAGGUUACAGGGACAGUAUUGACCCUCAAAGACGAUUCGAUAGGCUUAGAUUAUUUUUGUGUACGAAAGCUGACUAUGAGGCAAAUCAACAUUCUGAGGAUAUUGAAAUCAUCAGCGAUUCCUCGUCCUCCGAUGAUUUACCAGAAAUAUUGCCUUUGACCUCCACUCCUAAAGAAGAUGAAAAUAAAAAGGGACUACUGAAACUGGGUCAGUAUUCAGAUAGGGUUCAUAAUCAUUAUUUAACCGAAGAAACCUCUUUGGUAUGCUCCAAAUUUGAGGCCAGGCCAACUUUUGAGACCAGGUCUGGAGCCAAAUUAGAGGCCAAAAUAGAGGCCAGGCCAACUUUGAGGCAAAGCCAGGGAGAAAAACAGGUUAUUUUCAAAAAGUUAUCUAUCGAAGUGACAGAAUCCAUAGACAUGGAGGAGCCUGUUCCGGGAUCAUAUGCAAUGCCAUCAGAAAUUCCGUCAUAUUUGGCGGAAAAAGUUUUAAAGUAA